AUGGGCCGCUCCACCGAGCCCGCGCCGCGCUGCCGCCUAGCUCGCCGCCCCCGGGGCGGACGCGAAGGGCUCCCCUUCCUCCUUCUCCUCUUCCGCCCGGCAAAGUUAGCGAGGAUCCAGCAGCUUCGGCAUCUCACCCCAGUGGCCUGGCUGCAGUGGCGGCCGCCCCUGCGCGUCCCUCCCCGCCUCCCUCAGGCUCAGCCCAGACACUGCAGUGGCUGCAACUGCGCCAGUGGCCGCUCUUCUGACUCCGUGCUCUCCGCCCUCUCUUUCCAGCCAGCGAAGUCCGGCCAGCUCCCCAGGAAGGGGGCCUGUUCCCCCUCUGGCUCUCUGUCCCCCUGCCACCACUCCUCCACUCCUGAAACACUUCUCCGUCUGUUGCUCUUUUUCAUCACAUCCGGAUCAGGAGGCCUCGAACUCUUGGCGGGCCGCCCAAGGCUGGGGGCGGUGCAACGUGGGCUCCCUCGCCCUGCACUGUCUGGGUCAAGAGGCCAAAGCCGGAACGGGCUGGCUCCGGGUCUUUAUUCUCGUCCAACAGGAACGUGGAUCAGUAAAACCAGUUGCGCUUGCUUGAAUCAACUGGAGGCAUCCAGGCAGACAAGGUUGACAUCCCAGAGGACGCCCUGGCCCAGGGCCCCAAGCCAGGCCUUGCACAGUGAAUGGCUUCGGUGGCAAGAUAAACCUGUGGUGGGAAGUAAAAAGCGAACUAAGUAGCAGGCGUUCUGAUUGUAGCAUAACCUGAUGAGCCUAGAAUAAAUAACUCGUACGAAGCAAUUUGCAGGCACAAAGUACUUUAAUAAUAUAUUCAGGUAACUUUUGUUCUUUCAUUGCAAGCAAAACGCAGAAUUCAUUUCUAGAAAGGUAGAACCAACUCAUGCUUU